AUGCCCCGGUCCAGCACCAACACGCCCUCUUCCACCAGUUCCAACCAAAUAGAUGCUGGCUACAGCUUCUUUUUCCGCUAUUCUCAGCCCCCAGCAAUCGUUUGGCUUUUGACGCUUUCUCCAUAUCCAUGUACAUUUUUAGCAUCAUCUUGA